ACUGGCAACUUAGUUUAGAUUCAAUGAACUAAAAUGGCGUCGGCGUGUAGGGGAUCGCAGUUACUAGCAAGUCGAUUAAAUGUCACCUUGUCACAGCUUCGAUUACCUUCUAUACAUCGAUAUUUCAGUAGUGAAGCAGUCAAUCAAACUGCAGUAGAUAUUAAUAAAGUUCCUUUGACAGAUCCUUUGCCAAAGUUUCCAAUACCUAUUUAUGCAAAAUCAACAGAUUAUAAUUAUGAAACUAAGGUAUCAACUUUAAGUAAUGGUUUGAGAAUUGCUUCUCAGAAUAAAUUUGGACAGUUUUGCACGGUUGGAGUUGUUAUUGAUUCUGGAUCUCGGUACGAAGUAGCAUAUCCGAGCGGAAUCUCGCAUUUUCUUGAGAAGUUGGCAUUUAACUCUACAAGUGAAUUUGCUGAUAAAGAUGCAGUGUUACAAGAAUUAGAAAGGCAUAGUGGAAUAUGCGAUUGUCAAGGUUCUAGGGAUACGAUGCUAUAUGCGGCUUCUGCAGAUUCUCGAAAACUUGAUCCAGUUCUCAAAUUGAUUGCCGAUUCAGUAUUUAGGCCAAAAUUAACAGAACAAGAAAUAGAAAAUGCUCGACAGACUAUUUUAUUUGAAUUAGAAGAUAUUAACAUGAAACCUGAUAAGGAACCAUUAUUAUGUGAAAUGAUACAUGCAGCUGCAUAUAGGGAUAACACCUUAGGACUGCCCAAGCUUUGUCCUGUCGAAAAUGUCUCGGUUAUUGAUCGUUCAGUCAUCUUUACUUACUUAAAACAUCAUUACACACCUUCCAGAAUGGUCAUUGCAGGUGUUGGUGUUGAUCAUGAUGCACUUGUGGAAAGUGCAGAAAGGUAUUUUGUAGAAAAGAAACCAAUUUGGGAAGAAGAAUUGGUAGCAUUGAAAAAGAAUGUUAGAAUUGAUAAUUCAAUUUCACAAUAUACAGGAGGUCUUAUAAAAUCUCAGUGCAAGAUCUGGCCUGUAUACCUUGGACCGACACCAAUUCCUGAACUUGCACAUUUUGUGUUGGGUCUAGAGAGCAGUUCUCAUAAAGAUGUAGACUUUAUUCCAUUUUGUGUUUUAAAUAUGAUGAUGGGUGGAGGAGGUUCUUUUUCUGCUGGUGGUCCUGGGAAAGGCAUGUAUACAAGGCUCUAUACAAAUGUUUUAAACAGGUUUCACUGGAUGUAUAAUGCAACAGCAUAUAAUCAUGUAUAUAAUGAUAGUGGUAUUUUCUGCAUUCAUGCAAGUGCCCAUCCUUCUCAGUACUUGAGAGAGAGCUUACAUAUCAUCGUCGAGGAGAUGAGGAGAUAGAGAGGGGACAUUUGCCCUCUUGAAAUCAACAGAGCCAAAACACAGCUUCAGUCCAUGUUACUGAUGAACUUGGAGUCCAGGCCCAUUGUUUUUGAGGACAUCGGUAGACAGGUUUUAACAACUGGAAAGCAUCAGUCGCCAGAAUAUUACAUCGAAGAAAUAGGUAAGGUGAACGAGGACGACAUUCACAGAAUAGCUCUUCGUUUGUUGAAGAGCAGAGCCGCUGUUGCCUGCCUGGGUGACGUCAAAGGAUUGCCAGCAGUGGAGGACAUAGAAGCAGGUUUGGUCCACAAAGAAGGGAGAAUGCCCAAACGAUAUUCAUUGUUUCGAUGAUACUGUUUAUAAGGCUAACGUAAUUGUAGAUAAGCCAAGAGUUAUAAUUAUUGACCAUUGUCUAAAUUUGUUUUAAUAAAAAAUAAAAUAAA